UUAAAUGCUGGUUAAGUAACGAUAGGUCUGGAAGAACCCUAAAUAUUUGCGCGAGAGGAACGAGCGAGGAGAGGCGGGCGCCAUGGCGACCGUGAUGCAGAAGAUCAAGGACAUCGAAGAUGAGAUGGCGAGGACUCAAAAGAACAAGGCCACAGCGCACCAUCUGGGACUGCUCAAGGCAAAGCUCGCGAAACUGAGAAGGGAGAUUUUGGCCCCGACUUCCAAAGGAGGCGGUGGAGCUGGAGAGGGAUUCGACGUGACCAAGAGUGGAGAUUCGCGUGUGGGACUCGUUGGAUUUCCUUCCGUCGGGAAGUCGACACUCUUGAACAAGCUAACGGGAACUUUCUCUGAGGUUGCUUCUUACGAAUUCACAACUCUUACUUGCAUUCCUGGUGUGAUCAAGUACCGGGGAGCAAAGAUCCAGCUUCUUGAUCUCCCUGGUAUCAUCGAAGGUGCAAAAGAUGGAAAAGGACGAGGUCGCCAGGUUAUCAGUACCGCAAGAACUUGCAACUGCAUCAUCAUAGUUCUGGACGCAAUCAAGCCCAUUACACACAAGAGGCUCAUCGAGAAAGAGCUCGAAGGAUUUGGAAUAAGGCUCAAUAAAGAACCACCAAAUCUUACGUUCAGGAGGAAAGACAAAGGAGGCAUAAACUUCACAUCUACUGUUUCAAACACGCUCCUGGACCUGGAAACGGUGAAGGCAAUCUGCGGGGAAUACAGGAUACACAACGCGGACGUGUCGCUGAGAUACGAUGCCACUGCAGAUGAUCUGAUCGACGUCAUUGAAGGGAAUCGCAUGUACAUACCCUGCGUCUAUGCCGUCAACAAGAUUGAUCAGGUCACGUUGGAAGAGCUCGAGAUUCUGGAUAAGCUGCCGCAUUACUGUCCAGUGAGUGCACAUCUGGAGUGGAACUUGGAUGGACUCUUGGAAAAAGUCUGGGAGUACUUGGACUUGGUGAGAGUGUACACGAAACCGAAGGCCAUGAGUCCGGACUACGAGGAUCCGGUUAUACUUUCAGCGAAGAAGCGCACCGUGGAGGACUUUUGCCUGAGAAUCCACAAGGACAUGCUCAAACAAUUCAAGUACGCGUUAGUCUGGGGAUCUAGUGCGAAACACAAGCCGCAACGUGUAGGAAAGGAGCACGAGCUAGACGAUGAAGACGUGGUUCAGAUUAUUAAAAAGAUCUAAUGUAAGUAGGCUUUGCUGCUUAGCUAUCUAGCUAUUCUAGCUCUUAUUCUUCUUUUCUAUUAAACAAAAAUGUUAUAUUCUUGCAUUUUGAAGCAAAUCUUUGGCAAAAUUAAUCGA